UAACUGCGGCUGGCGGCGGCGCCAUUUUGAACGUGCAGCCGCCGCGGGCGUGAGUGUGGUGUGGCGGCGCUGCUGGCUCGAGACCUACCUAUCCUCAUUUCCUUUCAAGAGGUGUAGCUCGGGAUAUAGACCCAGGCCUAGGGGCCCGUUAGUUAUCGAAGCGAAUUCGGUAAGAUGAUGCUGAGAGGAAACCUGAAGCAAGUACGCAUUGAGAAAAACCCGGCCCGCCUUCGCGCUCUCGAGUCCGCGGUGGGCGACAGCGAGCCGGCAGGCGCCAUGGCGCUCGCGCUGGCCGGUGAGUCUGCGCCCGCCGGCCCCGCGCCCCCGGAGGACCACCCGGACGAGGAGAUGGGCUUUACUAUAGACAUCAAGAGCUUCCUCAAGCCGGGCGAGAAGACGUACACCCAGCGCUGCCGCCUCUUUGUGGGGAACCUGCCCACGGACAUCACCGAGGAGGACUUCAAAAGGCUCUUCGAGCGCUAUGGCGAGCCCAGCGAGGUCUUCAUCAACCGGGACCGCGGCUUCGGCUUCAUUCGCUUGGAAUCCAGAACACUGGCUGAAAUUGCAAAAGCAGAGCUGGAUGGCACCAUUUUGAAGAGCAGACCUCUCCGAAUUCGUUUUGCUACACAUGGAGCAGCCCUUACUGUCAAGAACCUUUCUCCGGUUGUUUCCAAUGAGCUUCUGGAGCAAGCAUUUUCCCAGUUUGGUCCUGUAGAGAAAGCUGUUGUGGUUGUGGAUGAUCGUGGUAGAGCCACAGGAAAAGGUUUUGUAGAAUUUGCAGCAAAACCUCCUGCAAGAAAGGCUCUGGAAAGAUGUGGUGAUGGGGCAUUCUUGUUAACAACAACGCCUCGUCCAGUUAUUGUGGAGCCUAUGGAGCAGUUUGAUGAUGAAGAUGGCUUGCCAGAGAAGCUAAUGCAGAAAACUCAACAAUAUCAUAAGGAAAGAGAACAGCCGCCACGUUUUGCUCAGCCUGGGACAUUUGAAUUUGAGUAUGCAUCUCGAUGGAAGGCUCUUGAUGAAAUGGAAAAGCAGCAACGUGAGCAGGUUGAUAGAAACAUCAGAGAAGCCAAAGAGAAACUGGAGGCAGAAAUGGAAGCAGCUAGACAUGAACACCAAUUAAUGCUAAUGAGGCAAGAUCUAAUGAGGCGUCAGGAAGAACUCAGACGCUUAGAAGAACUCAGAAACCAAGAGCUGCAAAAACGGAAGCAAAUACAGUUGAGGCAUGAGGAAGAGCAUCGUCGUCGUGAGGAAGAAAUGAUCCGACAUAGAGAACAGGAGGAACUGAGGAGACAACAAGAGGGCUUUAAGCCAAACUAUAUGGAAAAUAGAGAACAGGAAAUGAGAAUGGGUGAUAUGGGUCCCCGUGGAGCAAUAAACAUGGGAGAUGCGUUUAGCCCAGCACCUGCUGGUAACCAAGGUCCUCCUCCAAUGAUGGGUAUGAAUAUGAACAACAGAGGAACUAUACCUGGCCCACCAAUGGGUCCUGGUCCUGCCAUGGGACCAGAAGGAGCUGCAAAUAUGGGAACUCCAAUGAUACCAGAUAAUGGAGCAGUGCACAAUGAUAGAUUUCCACAAGGACCACCAUCUCAGAUGGGCUCACCUAUGGGGAGUAGAACAGGUUCUGAAACCCCUCAAGCACCAAUGAGUGGUGUAGGUCCUGUUAGUGGUGGUCCUGGUGGUUUUGGUAGAGGAAGCCAAGGGGGCAACUUUGAAGGCCCUAAUAAGCGUCGUAGAUAUUAAACAUUCUUUCAUUUCUCACUUAUUUAGAGGGGAAAAAAAUUCAGUGGUAAUGCCUUUACACUUUAACCUGUUACCUGGAAGUAAUGGUUUUAUUGUUGAUGUAUGUAGACUUUAAAGUUUUUCUUUUGUAAAAUUUCAGGUUUUUGUAUUUUUUCUUUAUUCAUAAGCUUUGUAGAUUAGAAUGAUAAUGAUGAUGCUCAUCAUUGUGAAUGUUAAAAUGUUUGUGACUUUAGCUUUUAAUAUAAGUAUGCCAUAGUACUGUGAAAUCUGUGUAGUCAAUUUCAAUAAAGAAAUCAUUUUGGAUAAUUUUAAAAUGUUACUAGUGGUAUUCUAUAAUUUUACUUAACUUUGCUGUUGCAGUAGUACUUUGGUUGCUUUGAUCCAGUCCAUUUAAAAAGGAAAUUUUCUGCUUUUUAGUUUGUGCAAGUAGCACUUAAGAUAGCAGCUCACUGAAAGCAAUGUCAAUAAGGGGUAGAUAGAGUAGUACAUUGGGGAGGGAUGGGUUAUGGGUGUUCACAUUUGUAAAACCAUCGAUGUUCUGUGAAAUCAGAGUUGUUGUCUUCAUAUAGAUUCUGAAUAUUCUGAGAAGGAAUAUUAAGGAUAUCUUUGUCCUGUUCUGAUUUUUUCCAAAUAAAUCUUUUGAAUCUUGAAAAAACAAACUGUUUGAAGGCAAAUCUCUUUUGCUCAUAAAAAGUCUAUUUUUUAAUCUUAUUUGCCAUUAUUUAUUUGGUUCCAAUAUCUAGAUCUUCCCCUUUAAAAAUUCUUUAUACCAAACAAUACUCUUAGAUUGGAUAUUUAGUGAGGAUCCACUCUGUGAUUUAGAAAAAUUUAAGCAAUUCUUGAGAAUGUUGAUUUCUAGAAGUAUUAAAGAUGACUUGACUCUUCAGCAUUAUAAUUGUGUUUUUCUAGUUUAGAUAUGUCUUCAGUAAAAUUUGAUUGGCUUUGUGUUUUUGUUUUUAAGAAAUAUAAUUCAAGCGGUGAUUUUUCAAAAAUAGGAUCAUUGGAAUCAGAUUACAUACCUGUACUCCUAAAUACAUAUUUUGAUUUUCACUAUGAGGAAGAACUGAUUUUGUCACAUUAUGAUAUAUAUGACAUGAUAUAUAUGUUGUUGUUUCCAAAAACAAAGUAAUCGCUGUAUUUGAAAUUUUAGCUACCCAUAUAUAAUUUAACUUAAACCAUAAAUAUAGUUUAUCAGUCACGGAUCAUAGUUUUUCGUAUAAGUAACAUUUCAGUGUUUUACUAUAUCAUGCUUUCAGCAUUUUCCUGUGCUAUUUUAAAUAGUAUUUAAAUAUUACCCAUUAACUUUGCAUGGUUUCUGCUGGACAGUAUACUUUGGAAAGAAAUAACUGGUUAUUUGCAAAUCUUGCAUAAAAACAGCUUGGUGUAAAGCACAAUUGAGAUGCAUUCUUUUGUAUCAAUUAAAUUUUUCUUAUGUACUAUUUCAUGUUCUUUUUAAUAACAAUGGGUGAAAGUAUCUUCUAAAAUUUGCACUAUUCUUACAGUUUUGUUUUUACAAAUUUUUUAAAUCUUGAGUUGGGGAUUGUAAAAUAAUAGUUUCAUCACUUUCCAUGAGUAUGACUGAUAAUGGAAUUUAUUUCAGUUUGUGGCAUUCAUUGCAGUGUGGGGAGUUUGAACAUGAACUGUAGUUUUCAAGUGAUUGAACUUAUAUACCUUUCCCAUCAUCUUUAUUUUAUUCACAUAAUCCUUAGGUGGUUUUUAGCUUUGUAUUUUGCUUCAAAGCUGAAUUAAGAUUGGGAGAAAUGUGCUCUUUUGAUGUUAAUAUCAAGCUCUAUUUGGCCAAGGCUGGGAAAUUCCUUAAGAUUCAAGAACAUUUGAAAACCCAUGCAUACAGAUGUCUUAAUUUCCUGAACAUUCUAUUGUCCGGCUCAACUCUGGCUCCAAGAAUAGAGUUCUGCACACCUUUUUCCCUGCAUCAAGAAAAUUCUUGUUCCAGUUCUUAAUACGUUUACCUGGGAAUCAGUCAGCUUCUGAGUGACAAAUGGAGCAUCUGUGAACUCCUAGUUAUUCAGUUUUCAGUGGUUUUGUAUAGUUAAAUUUAUGACUGUUUCAGUCAUUUUUUCCUUGUGAAUUAGAAUAACAAAGAUUUUUAAUGUCCUUUGGUUAAAAGUGAUAGAUAUUUUAGAAACUAAAAGCUCUUCUAAAAAGUGUGAAUUUAUCAUGUGCUACUGUAAUUUUUUGCUUAAAAAGGUAAUAUGAAACAAUUGUAGGAUUAUAAUAACAAUAUUGUUUCUUUGUGUGUCAUAAUUGGAAACAUUGAGUUUAAAGGCUGUAGGAUUUAGAUUUCAUAUGCUUUUUGUAAUUAAUAUGCAUAAAAUAAAGGACUAUCCAUUUCCCUAGUUUUAUUUUAGCGCUUUAUUUUGUCAGAAUUUACCUAUUUUUUGUUUAUUUUGAAAAUAAAUGCAUUGGUUUUCUUGACAGAUCCCAGUAUUUGAAGGCGUAUUGGGUAUUACGUAUUGGGUAUUACUCUUUCAGUUUUUGAUUUUCUAUUUAAAAUCAGUGCGGAAUAUUUAGUGGAAAAAGUGAAGUAUCAGUAAUAUGUUAGUGGAAUACUACCUGUUUUACUUGGAAUUGCCAUGAAAUUCAAUUAAAAAUUUUCGAGGACAACCACUGAAACAUUGGAUCUUGUUUUUCAAAUACUAAUUGAAAUAGCUUUUGUAUUUUAUUCAGAGACAUACUUGAAUAUUUCAUUGUCUUCAUUCUUACAUGUAAGAUGUGUAAUAGUUGCUAAUUAUCAGUAAGACUAACAGUAACUAAUUUAUAAGUGGAUUAAAUUGGUAAUUACAACCUACAUGCUGAAGGAGAAAAAACAUUAAUGUGCGAUUGAAAGGAAGUAAGUUUUGUGAAAAGUGAUCAAGUGUAUGGUUAAACUUAAAAGUAUUGAAACUUUGUGUCAAAUGAGACUAGUGAAAAAUGAAAGGGACACAUUAUUUUUCAAUAAAAGAUGGUUUUUUGGAGGGUACUGUGGUAUUUAAAUGUUUUGUUUUAUAAGAGUAGGUUACAGUAGUUAAUGAUAAAAUAUAUUUCUGAAAUUUGGAAGGGUAGCAAUGACUCAAGCUAAACAGUAUUUUCAAGAAUAAGAUAAUACUCAAAAAACUAUAUAGUCAUGUAUUUCCAAGAUUCAAUAGUUGUGAAUGUUUUCCUUCCUAGUUACGUAGAUAUUUUUACACAUGAACUCAUUUUGGGGGAGCGGGGUGGUGGUUCAGGAGAGGGACAAACUACUACAAAGUAAGUAGGAAUUCAGUUUUUUCGUUAUAUAGUUUUUAGUGUGGCCUUCAUUUUAAGCAAAUCUUGAUCAAAAAUGAGUAAUUGUAUACUUUUCAAGAACAUUAUUUACUUUUCAACUCCCUUUAUUACUAAUUUUUUAAAAAUAGGAAACAAUUUUAGCAUGCUCGCUUAACAAACUAUUUUUCCCAGUUAGUGUAAAUGAGGGAUGCAUACAGAUUGCCAGUGGAAUGUGGUCAGAUACUUGUAGAACUUUACUUUCAGAAAAUAAUGAAGAAUUUCCCUAUUUUUAUAGCAUCUGUUAUUUUUAAAAUAAUAUCUCACCUUUAAAGUCUUGAGAGUAUGCAUUAAAAUAUUAUUAACUGCUCUACCAAUGAACUUUGUGUUAUUGGAAAUGUUAUUCGACCCUUUGUCAUUUUAUGUAAAACCAUGUUUAUUCUCUCCAUGUUCCUUUUUUGAUUGAAAAAGUUACUCCUUGAUUAUAUUUCUUUAUGGAAGAAUUUUCAGAAUAUACUUUGCAUUAUCAUGAAGUUUUCCUUUUCAGUGACAUGAAACAUAUUUUACCGAUAGAGGAAAAUAUUUCUAAACAUAAUUUAGCCAAAGUUUAUACAUAGCCAUUAAAAAGAAACCAGAAAAACUUAAGUCUAUUUGUAUUUUAGCACUUGAAUUAUGGUUAUUACUAACUCCCUCUUUGUUUUAAAGAACUGAAUCUUAAAACAGAUGUGUUCAACUUAAACAUGUAAAUAAAAUUUUAGUUCUGUUUUUUAAAGUAUCCAAAUAUGUAUGAAGUUCUGUCUGAAACUUUAGAUAUGCAUUAGUAAGAUUAGGGAGAAAUAAGCUUGAAGUAUAUUGCAGAAGUGUAUUGCUUUUUAAAAUAUUGCCACUAAAUGUAAUUACUGAUAGUAAUGUAGGUGGACUCUGUUACUCUAUGUAAAUGAGGUUUUGGUGGUGUAGAAGCCUUUGGAAUUAAUAUUUACCUAAAGUAUGUUUAUAGUCCUGAAAUUGUUAAUUACAGAAUCAACUUCACAGUUUCGUAUAUGUGUAUGAGGUAGUAUCAAAAAUUUAAUGAGUAGCUACAUUAAUGCAUUGUUAUAUCUGAGUUGGCUCUUUUAUGCAGUAUGUUAGCCAGUUUGUGAAUACAAAUGAGAAUCUCGUGAAAAUAAAGAAAACAUUUUAUUGCUCAUUUUACCACAAUGAUUAACUUCUCUUUACGCUUCAGAUUAUUGGAUAAUGUCAGUCCAUAUCAAAUAUGAGAAAUUUAGAUUUGCAAAUGUUGUUUUGUGUUUUAUGUAACAAGAAAAAGUAAAACCAUAAUUUUACAAAAAGUAAAGUCUUAAUAAUGUCUGAUGUUUUUAGUGUUGAAGGGAGCAGUUAUUUGCCAGAUGGUUAUUUACUUUGUAAUAUUAAUUAUUUAAGUUGGUUAGAAUAUUUACUUAACUGUCGAUUUGACAAGAAUAUUUCAACCAUUAGGAUUAUUUGGCCUUAACAGUUUAGCAAACUGAGCCUAAAUUGGAGUAAUUGCCUACCAAAUGAUACUUUGUCAUAUUGAUGCUGUGAGGAGCCAAACCAUUCAGAAUUUCACUAUCAAUUUUUCUCUUGUGCCAGUAUGUACUGAGAGGCCCUGUGUACUGUACCUUUUUUAGGAUGGAGAUAUAGCAGUGGAAAAACAAAAUCCCUGCAGUAAAUUAAAGGUCAGCAACCGUUAACAUUCUUCUAAAUCAGUGGUUCUCACCAUUCUUUGUGCAUUUAGUAUCAACUGAAAAACUAAUUGAAACAUUUCUUGGGUCCUACCCCACUUUCUGACUCAGCAGGUCUCAGAUUUGACUAACCAGUAUUAUUUUAAAUAUAUUCUUGGGUAAUAGUCAUGUUGGGUUUGGGUAUUCCAGUUUGAGAAGCUCUGUACUGUAAUGUUGCUCAGGAAAAGUAAAAUAACAUUUUUGGUUGGUCAAUUUUAGUGGUGGUUGGCAUAGAUGAGUGUUCUCUAAUAUAUGAAUUUUUUUAAGGAUCUUUGCCCAAUCAUUGACAUAAUACAAAACACCCCAAGUUUUCACAGCUACUGACAAUUUACAAAUGCUGCAGAAAGUCAUAAUUUUGACUAGACAAUGUCAUGGUUAUUGUGGGCUUUUAUAUAAGGUCUCUAUGAUAAAAUUUCUUGAAUUAGGUUUGUAUUGUGUUCACAAGCCUACUUAAUUUAAGUGAAGAGGGACUAUAAUAGAAAUGUAAUUUUGAGUAUUUUGUGAAAGUUUUUCACUUAACUAAUUCUCAGCUGUCUAUGCCAGUAAGAGAAAUGAAACAGUGGCGUGAUCAGAUGUUGUAUUAGUAUAUUUGAACAUACUUAUGCUUGAAAGGGUAAAUAUAUUUAAAAAACUGCCCUGGUCUUUGCUAUCCUUGUAAUUAUGAAUGUGAUGAUGCCACUUUGAUGGAUUCAAAUAACUGCCCAACCUUUUGUGCAAGGUCAUCUUUUGCUUUUUUACAUUGAAGAUAAAGGUUUGAUAAAUGUAUAGUCAAGACCAUGAAUGUAUUUAUUAAAUGUAAUUUGCAGCUUUAUUCUUUGUUAGUCACUUUAAGAAGUAACGUUUGUCAAGUUCAAUAAAUGGGAAUGGUUAAGUAAUUUUAUGGUGAAAAGUUAUAACAUGCCUUGUGAGAUUUUACAAAGAUUUAUGCAACGUGUGUAUGUGUGUAUUUGUAUAUGAAUGGUUCUGUUUCAGAAUUCCGCAGUGCAUUAAGAUAAAUGGGUCUAUAAUGAAACCACAUAGAUGCUAUAGUGACAAGUUUUUUUCCAAAAUCGUCAUUAUUGUAACUGAAGAUUUGCAGCUUUCUAAAUGUCUUAAAAGGUAGUUUUUUGGACAUUGACUUUGGUCUGUAUUUACUAUGAAUAUCUGUGUCUAGUAAACAAAUCUAUUUCGUUACAAUUCAGUUGUCACAUAGGGAUCUUUCUGUCCUUUCCCUAUAGUAUCCUAGUUUAGCAUUUUUUCAGUUUUCCUAGGAAAUCAACUGACUACGAUUUUGUGGUUUUGGUAAACUAGAGAUGAAUUUGUCUCUGGUUGGGCACAUCAUCUGUGAUCAACAAAUUUAUCUCACCUACCAUUUUAUCUAUUUAACAUUGCAUCAACCCACCUCUUCCCCCGCCCUUUUUUUCCUUUUUCAUAUUUUCCUUGCUCCUGGAAGCACGGGACAUAAAGAGACUUCACUUCUAUCCCAAGAUGACUUAUUAACCUAUCUUCCAACUGAGUAGUUCUCAUGGAGCAUAGUGUAAAAUAAAAUGAAGUAAAAUUUUCAUUUCUCAUUUUUUAAAAAAAUUUAUGUGAAUAUAUUUCUUGAUACAUUUGGUUUUGUUUCUAGUUAUGUUUUACUGAGGUAAUUGGUUUUUACAACAAUGUUUAUGAUUUUAGGGGUGUUGGUUCACACCACUUCACACACAGUAUACCCAUUACCAAAGCACCCAUAAUCCUUUACCAUAGCCUAUUAGGCCCCCGUGUCCUUUUUUGGAUUCCCUCACCCUCAAGGCUGUCCUCUAAUUUGGCUAAAUUUUGCAGUCAAAUUUCUCGAUUUUGUUUUGGUUUAGCUUCAUCUGUUUCUUUUUUUACUUAUAUUCCGCAUUUGAGUGAGAUGAUCCAUUAUUUGUCUUCAUUUGACAUUUUGCUUAGUGUAAUCUAAUUCCAUGCAUGUUUGAAGUGGCAAUAAUCUUCAUUUUAUACUUGAGUAGUAUCCUGUUGAAUAUAUAUACACCACAUUUUUUUAAACAUUUUUAAAAUUAUGCAUACAAGAACUGGGGUAUAGGCCAGAGGUUUGGGAAGAUGAGAGGAUACAUUAGAGACAGAGUGGGGAGCAGAAAAGGUGGAUCUACUGAAAUAAACUGCUGAGGUGAGCAGCCGGUGAAGCAGGGGAGGUCUGCUGUGCCAUGUGACAGCCAGGUAUUGAACUCAAGCUGCAGUCGCUGCCUGGCGAUAGCUUGAUAGCGCUGAGACUUUAACCACUGUGCCACCAGGGAGUCCACUACACCACAUUUUUUUUAAAGAUUUAUUUAUUUAUGCAUACAAUAUCUGGGGUACAGGUGUGGGGGUUUGUGUGUGUGAGAGGAUUCACCAGACAAGAGUUGGGAACAGAACAGGCAGGCAGGCUGAAAUAAACUGCUGAGGGGAGCAGCGUGUGAGACAGGAGAAGUCUCCUGCUGCGCCAUGUGGAUAGCUCCCUGGCUGGCUGGAGAAAGAACUCCUGCUGCAGAGGCUGUGGAUAGCUUCACAGUGCUGUACUUAACCCCUUGUGCCACCAGGGAGGCCAUAUACCACAUUUCUUAAUGCAUUCAUCUGUUGUGCACAGAGGUGGUUUCCAUAACUUUGCUGUUUUAAAUAGUGCUGUAAUGAACGUAGGACUGCUUAUAUCCCUUUGAAUUGGUACCUACAAGUUGAAUCACUGAAUCAUAUGGUAGAUAUACUUUUAUAGGGGCUGUACCGGUUUCAUUCUUGCCACCACUUUUUUCUAGUCUUUAUGGUAUUGGAUAAUUUCAUGUGUUUUGUAUCAUCGUGGUUUCAGUUUGUAUUUCCGUGAGAAGUGCUGAUGAGCAAUUUUUCCUUUAUUGGCCACCUGUAUGUCUUCUUUAGACAAGUGUCUGGUUAGUUUUCUGCCCAUUUUUUUUGGGUGGAUUAUAUGUUUUCUUAAUGAGUUCUUUGAUGUAUGUCAUGUAUGAUAUGUACAAAUACUUUUCCUAUUUAGUCAGGGCAUCUUUUUUUUUUUAAAAGAUUUUAUUUAUACAAGAACUGGGGUACAGGCCAGAUGUGCGGAGGGUGAGGAUUCACCAGAGACAGAGCAAGGAACAGAACAGGCAGACUGACGAAAUACACUGUUGAGGGAGCAGCUGGCGAGGCAAAAGAGGCCUGCCGCGCCAUGUGGGAUUCUCGCUGUCUGGCUGGGAGCGAACCUGUGCUGCAGAGGCUGUGGACAGCUUCACAGUGCGGUGCUCAGCUGCCUGCGCCGCCACGGAGGCCCAGGGUAUCUUUAUUUUUAAUGAUACAAUUAGUGAUAGGAUUUCAGUGUACAGAAGCUUUUUACUUUGAUGUAAUCCCACUUUUUUAUUUUAUUUUAUUUUGUUUCCAUUACCUUUGGAGUUACAGUUCCCAGAGAGAUGAAGCCAAUUUCAUGGAGUGUUUUGUUGGUGCUGAAUUCUGAUCUACUUUAAUACUUAUGCAUGUGGUUAUCCAGUUUUUAUGGACAGCAUUCACUCAAGAUAACUUGGUCAAUUGUAUCCGUGCCUCUUUUGUCAUAAAUUAACUGUCCUUCAAAAUAUGAGUUUUUUAAGGCUCUGAAUACUAUUCAACUGUGUGUUUUUAUAUCAAAAGCAUACUGUUUGAGUUGUGUAUCUCGGUAGUAUAGAUUGAAGUCAGAUAAGUGCUAUUUUUGUCAGGUGCCUUGGCUGUUAAGGGUCAUUUGUGGUCCAUAUAAAUAUGUUUGCUCUGUUUCUUUGAGGAAAGCCACUGAAACUUUGAUAUGGGUUACAUUGCAUCUGUGUAGUGUAUUGCUUUGGGCAAUAUUGCCAUUUUUUUUUUUUUAUAGAGGCAUGUUUUUUUAUUUAUUUGUUUGUUUUAUUUAUAUAUGCACUGGGUACAGUCAGAAGUGCGGUAGGGUGAGAGAAUUCACCAGAGCCAGAGCGGGAAGCAGAGCAGGCAGAAGGACCGAAGUACACUGCUGAGGGGAGCAGCGGGCGGCAGGAGAGGUCUGCGUGCCAUGUGAGACCCUCCUCCGGUGGGGUGGCCGGGGAGCAGCCAGGGAUCAAACCUGCGCUGCGGAGGCUGCAGGCAGCUUCGCAACCCAGCGCUCAACUGCUGCGCCACCGGGGAGGCCCAAUAUUGCCAUUUUAACAGUUUUAAUUGGGAAUAUGUUUCCAUAUAUUUGUAUUUUUAUUUAACAAUGCCUUUCAUUUGUACAGCUCUUUAACCUACUUUGUUUAUUCCUGUUUAUUUUAGUGUGACU